CGGCGACGUUGGCGUCCGUAGAGUCAGAGGCUGUCCGACAAUACCGACGAGGCGGUGGGACUCCGGCAGCCCCAUCGUGGUGGCGGCAGUAGCACGCUGCCCGACGUUGACGGCACGGCUGGCCAUCCACCACAACCACCGAUAUCCUGGGGGGAUUUCUUUAGUUUAGAAGAACUUUUGCAAAUAACAGUGACCAUUCUACUCUAGAAUCCACCCGAUCAAUCAUCGCCAGCAAACAACCAGCUCCAUCAUCAUGACGAUGGUGAACGAGUGGUUGAGUGGCACUUGGCUGGGCGCGUGGAUUCAACGCUGCCGAGAGUCCCGCCGCCUCGUGCUGGUUAUCGUCGCCAUUGCGCUGCUCUUGGACAACAUGUUACUCACCAUCGUUGUUCCAAUAAUACCGGAGUUUUUGUACGAUAUUAACCACCCGGAGGCGCCUUUGGACGGAAGACCGUUAAUACCGACGACCACCACCACCAAGGUACCUCCAUGUGACAAAUACAUCAAAAUGCUUAGUCAGAUAAGUCCAGAAUUUAACGAAUCGCUAUAUGCUACUACUACUAGUAAUUAUCUAAAUUUAACAGAAUUAGAAGAAUCCGACAAGGCGAAGAAGCACGAAUACUUAAUUCAAGAAACUGUUGCUGUGGGAAUGCUGUUCGCCUCGAAGGCAUUCGUGCAGUUAUUGGCUAAUCCUUUCGUAGGACCAUUAACUCACAAAAUUGGCUACAGCAUACCCAUGUUUGCCGGUUUCAUUAUAAUGUUCCUUUCAACAAUAAUUUUCGCCUUUGGAAGAAGUUACAGUGUCCUAUUCAUCGCCAGAGCCCUACAAGGAAUCGGUUCAUCCUGUUCCAGUGUAUCGGGCAUGGGAAUGUUGGCCGAACGUUAUCCGGACGACAAAGAACGAGGAAACGCCAUGGGAAUAGCGCUGGGAGGUCUGGCUUUGGGCGUACUCAUCGGACCACCGUUCGGUGGGCUUAUGUACGAGUUCGUUGGAAAAUCGGCCCCGUUUUUGGUGCUGGCGGCUUUGGCCCUCGGAGAUGGACUUUUACAGUUACUUAUGCUCCAACCAUCCGUGGUCCAUCAGGAAUCCGAUCCGCCAUCUUUGAAAGCCCUCAUUGCUGAUCCCUACAUCAUGAUUGCUGCUGGUGCUAUAAUUUUCGCCAAUAUGGGCAUAGCAAUGCUAGAACCAUCGCUACCAAUUUGGAUGAUGGACACAAUGGGCGCAGAAAGAUGGAAGCAAGGAGUAACCUUCCUUCCUGCCAGCAUUUCGUACCUAAUCGGUACCAACCUUUUCGGCCCUCUAGGGCAUAAAAUGGGUAGAUGGCUGGCGGCGCUUUUAGGACUGAUUAUUAUCGGAAUAUGCUUGAUGUGUAUUCCAUUGGCUACCAACAUAAACCAUUUAAUAGUACCAAAUGCGGGUCUCGGAUUCGCCAUCGGCAUGGUAGAUUCGUCAAUGAUGCCCGAACUGGGUUAUCUGGUUGAUAUCCGGCACAGUGCAGUAUACGGAAGCGUGUAUGCUAUAGGAGAUGUGGCUUUUUGUUUGGGAUUUGCCAUAGGUCCUGCGCUGAGUGGUACACUGAUAAAAAAUAUCGGUUUCGAGUGGAUGCUAUUCGGUAUAGCCAUGCUUGAUUUCUUGUACGCGCCAUUGUUGAUAAGCCUCAAAAGUCCUCCUACAAAAGAAGAGAAAAAGUCGUUAAUAACUGGAGAUCAUUCAUCAGUAAGAUACGUUACCUAUCAAAAUGAAGAAGACGACGAGUAAAUAAAAUGUAAUAAAUAAUUAUAAGGAAAAGAUUCUAUUAUAAAUAAUUAUUGUACAUAACAAACAAAUUAUAUUAAAUUAUAAAAAUGUACAAAAUUAUUUGGCGUUAUAAAAGAAAAAACCGAGGACGAAAAACCAAGCAUGGAUGCAGGACACAUUUGUUAAUUUGUUGUUAAAAAAAAAACUAUUUAUUAUAUGUCUGUAGAUGAAGCAAGCUCUCUUGGUAUUUAUUUUGGAUGGAAGUUAGCAAUAAUUCAAAAACAAAAUUUAAAUAAACCAAAUAGGGCCCUCGUAAGGAAUCUUUGUGAAUGGCUGCACUAGAUUCGUUUCAUUUUAUGAAAACGAGGCAAUAAGAGACCCUUUGUUUAAUUCUAUUUGGAAAAAUUGCACCAAUAUUAUGAAAGGAAAAUAAGCUCUUCCAUCUACACCCAAAAUGAUUGUCAUACUUAAGACUUUAAGGAUAAAUAUUGUAUUUUGAUGUCUAUUUACUCCUAUAGAACCUAAGACAAAUAUUGACAAAAAUCAUUUUUAAAGAGAAUUGCUGAGCCAAUCAAAAAAAAAAAAGGAAAAAACUUGCUAAACAAAAUAACGGGGACCGUUUUUUGAAUAAGAGACUCCAAAGUCUUGUAUAAACCAUCAGUAAAGGGACCUAAUAAAUAUUAUUAUAAUAAACUUAUAUUAUUAUUCUGCUAAUUAAUUUAUUUUAGUCCCACGAGAAAUCAUAUUUUAACAAAACUUCAAACGGGAGACCCACAAGCUCCUUGAAGGUUAUUGUGAAUAGACAAUAAUCUACAGAAAGAAAAAAAAAAUCCUGACCAAAAUAAUCAAAAAAUAACACAUGUUUAUAAAUAUUAUAUUAAUUUAAUUUUUAAGCUGGUAAGGGUCCGAAAUACAGGGCAAAAUCUAUAGCCGAUUUUUGCUGCUUUGAAACACAAAAUCAGUAUUAUAGCAUAUGUGUGUAGUUUAAAAAUCUUAUUAUAAAUAUUAUAGGGUGCGGGAGUCCGUCCCAAUUAUUUAUGUAUUGAAAAUAAAUUGAUGUUUUUAGUCAGUGCAUAUGUUAGCUGAUAAAUCCAAAUUUUAGAUUAUAAUACAUAUAAAUAAUAUCUAAAUGUUUUGAUGUAUAACACACAAUAAUAACUUUAAUGCUAUUAAAUAAACAAAUUACAAAACUCCUAA